AUGCGAGUAAACUUGCGUAUUCAGCUGUGGCCUUUUUGUUCGAGUACAAACAAGGAUUCGGUUCAAGUUCAUUUGGUGCAAGCUAAAGCGAGAGUUGCACCCAGCGGAAGGAAAAAGACAACAAUAGCUCGAUUGGAACUUCUUGGAGCUACAAUAUGUGCACGUUUAGCAUCCAGCAUAAUACCUGAAUUUCAAGCUGAUGAUAUUUAUUUUUGGACAGAUUCGUCUACUGUGCUAGCUUGGAUACAGAGAAAUGAAGUAUGGGACGUAUUUGUUCACAACAGAAUUAAGGAAAUAAAGCAACUGACUUCUAUUGAAUCCUGGAGGCACGUACCAGGAUCACUGAAUCCUGCUGAUUUGCCCAGUAGAGGAUGCUCUGCUUCUUAUUUAAUUAAAUCCAGAUGGUGGGAAGGACCUAAAUGGCUAUAUUUAUCACCUGAAAAAUGGCCAAAAGAAGAUUUUAGUGCUGAUGAAGAAGAAAUAGCUCUUGAGAAAAAGAAAAGGAUUAUUUCGUCCUUAAUAAAUCUUAAUGCUAGUGAAAUAGUUGCUACUAGAUUCUCAAGUUAUCGUAAGACAAUCAGACUGGUAGCGUGGAUGUGUCGUUUUGUUUACAACUGUAAACAUCAAAACAAGAAAAAGAAAAAGGAUGAACUUACUGUAUCUGAGUUAAAUGAAGCAGAGAAUAUCUUGAUUCGUUUAAUACAAAAUGAGUCCUUUAAUGGAAUAGAAGAUAAACGGAUUUUAAGUCUUAAUCCAUUCAUUGAUUGUGGGAUCAUCAGAACUAAAACAGCAAUAUUUCAAAGAGAAGAUACAUCUGAGUUCAGAACUCCUGCUAUUUUGCCAAGUGAUCAUCCUCUUAUAAAAGUUUAA